UUUUUCAAUCACCACGUGUUAUUGAGUCAAAUUUGCGCUCAUCCUGCCAUUGUAGAUUAAUUUAGUUAAAAAUUGAAUCAGACACUCAAAUUGUCUUGUGAUUUUAAAAUUGUGCAGUUUAUUUUAAUUAAAAACUAUAGUUCUUAUGGGUAAACCAGGUUUUUCCCCACGUGGUGGUAGAGGCGGUGGUGGUGGCGGCGGUGGAUUUGGCGGUGGCCGGGGAAGAGGUGGUGCACGUGGUGGCUUUGGCGGCAGAGGAGGCGGUGACGGAGGCUUUGGCGGUCGUGGUGGUGGCGGUGGUCGUGGUCGCGGAGGUCCUCGCGGUGGCGCGGGAGGUAGAGGUCGUGGAGGCUCCCGCGGUGGUGGUGGAGGUGGCUUUAAGGGCGGAAAAACAGUAAUCAUAGAGCCCCACCGGCAUGAGGGUGUAUUUAUCGCUCGAGGUAAAGAAGAUGCUCUUGUCACCCGCAAUUUUGUACCUGGAUCUGAAGUUUAUGGGGAAAAGAGAAUAUCCUCAGAGGUUGAUGGGGAGAAAAUUGAGUACAGAGUAUGGAAUCCUUUUAGAUCAAAGUUGGCUGCUGCAAUCCUCGGAGGAGUUGACAAAAUUCAUAUGCCCCCUGGCUCGAAAGUUCUUUAUUUGGGUGCGGCGUCGGGCACAACAGUUUCACAUGUUUCAGAUGUUGUUGGCCCUGAAGGUCUUGUCUAUGCAGUUGAAUUUUCACAUCGUUCUGGCCGUGAUCUAAUCAAUGUCGCGAAAAAGCGUACAAACAUUAUUCCAAUAAUUGAAGAUGCUCGUCAUCCGCACAAAUAUCGAAUGCUGGUUGGCAUGGUAGACACAAUAUUUGCCGAUGUUGCACAACCAGAUCAGGGAAGAAUUGUCGCUCUGAACGCACAACAUUUCCUCAAAAAUAAUGGACACUUUGUUAUAUCAAUUAAGGCAUCAUGUAUCGAUUCAACAGCCCAACCCGAAGCAGUGUUUGCAGCCGAGGUGAAGAAAAUGCAAGCAGACAAGCUCAAACCCCAAGAACAGAUAACUCUGGAACCAUAUGAAAGAGAUCAUGCGGUUGUAGUUGGCGUAUAUCGACCACUUCCAAAAGGUGGAAGUUAAGGCUAAUUAAUUAUGUUUUUAUAUAGCAUUAGGUUUAAGAUUUUUUUUUCAAUAAAUUAGACGAUGAAGUUUAAAAUAA